GGCGGGAGCUGGCGGCGCGCGGUGCAGUGCGGUGCGGCCCCGAGGCCGGCAGUUGGGUUCGUGCUCCCGCGGGGUCCCGUCAGUCCGCAGCCAUUAUUGUCCGUUAGGUAUAAGCGAAACAAUCAGGGCUAAGCUUUGGUCCCGGGCCUUCAGUCGGUGGCCCUCGAGGGAAGCGGUUGACAGCAGCGCCUCAGCCUGUCGGCGGGGUGGCCGGACCCGGGCCUCCGCCCCUGACCAUGCCGGUGAGGAACAAGUACCAGGCGUUGUCCAUGGAGACCGGCCCGGGCACGAUGGACAGUGCGGGGGAAGGGGACAUCGCCCCCGAGGCUGAACAGGAGGAAGAAAUGAUCCACAACCGCAGCGACGCGGACAUCGUCAAAUCUCCCAAUGACCCCAAAGAAUAUAGAUAUAUCAAGCUGGAAAAUGGUUUAAGUGCACUUCUAAUCUCGGACAUGUCCAUUGGAACAAAGCGGACUGAUUCAGAAUCAUUGUCGGAAGAAGAGGAUAGUGAGGAUUAUAGUGAGUCUAGUGGCUCAGAUUCUGCAGAAGAUUCUAUAGAGGAAUUUGAAGAUCCAGGUAGACCAUUUAAUAUUCCCAAAGGUGCCGAAAAGCAGUCAGCGGCUGGCCUCUGUAUUGGAAUUGGAAGUUUUAGUGAUCCUGAAGACCUUCCAGGACUGGCCCAUUUUUUGGAGCACAUGGUCUUCAUGGGGAGUGAGAAGUUUCCAGAUGAGGAUGGAUUUGAUGCCUUCCUGAAAAAGCAUGGUGGCAGUGACAAUGCAUCAACUGACUGUGAAACCACAGUGUUUCAGUUUGAUAUUCAGAGAAAGUAUUUCAAGGAAGCCCUCGAUAGAUGGGCUCAGUUUUUCAUUGGCCCCUUAAUGAUCCGAGAUACCAUUGACCGAGAAGUAGAAGCUGUGGACAGUGAGUUUCAGCUUGCAAUUCCAUCUGACUCCAGCAGGAAAGAGGUGUUAUUUGGAAGCCUCGCCAAACCUGGUCAUCCUAUGAGCAAAUUCUUUUGGGGAAAUUCACAGACACUGAAACAUAAUCCCAAACAACAAGGCAUUGACGUCCAUGCCAGACUUCAAGAGUUCUGGAAGCGUCAUUAUUCUGCUCAUUACAUCACUCUGGCUGUCCAAUCAAAAGAAAGUCUGAAUGCUUUGGAAGCCUGGGUGAAAGAAAUAUUUUCAAGCAUACCAAACAAUGACCUGCCCAGGCCGGACUUCAGUCAUUUCAUGGAUCCCUUUGAAACAGAUGAAUUUCACAAACUUUAUCGAGUUGUUCCUGUGACUAAAGUUCAUUCUCUGAACAUAACGUGGGCGCUCCCACCCCAGAAACAGCAUUACAGGGUCAAGCCACUCCAGUAUAUAUCCUGGCUGAUAGGACAUGAAGGAAAAGGGAGUAUCCUGUCACUUCUUCGGAAGAUGUGUUUGGCUCUUGCAUUAUUUGCAGGAAAUGAUGAGACUGGAUUUGAACAAAAUUCAACCUAUUCAGUGUUCAACAUUUCUAUUACAUUGACUGAUGAAGGCUAUGAGCAAUUCUAUGAGGUUGCGCAUAUUGUGUUUCAGUACAUGAAAAUGCUGCAAUUACUCGGUCCUCAGCAAAGAAUUUAUGAAGAGAUUCAGAAAAUUGAAGACAAUGAUUUCCAUUACCAGGAACAGACUGAUCCUAUUGACUACGUGGAAGAUAUUUGUGAAAAUAUGCAGCUUUACAAAAAGGAGGAUUUUCUCACUGGUAACCAGUUAUUAUUCGAAUACAAGCCAGAGGUGAUUGCAACGGCCCUUUCAUAUCUCAAACCACAGAGAGCUAAUCUCAUUCUUCUUUCUCCCAAUAAUGAAGGCCAAUGUAAUCUGAAAGAACAGUGGUUUGGUACUCAGUACAGUGUUGAAGAUGUUGUCAAAAGGUGGGCUGAGAUAUGGAAAGGUGACUUUACAUUGAACGCUGAGCUUCAUCUGCCAGUGGAGAAUAAGUUUAUAGCAACUGAUUUUGCAUUGAAAAAUUCUGAUUGCACUGAUACGGAGUAUCCAGUGAAGGUUCUGGGUAAAGAGUACGGCUGUGUGUGGUACAAAAAAGAUAAUAAAUUUAAAAUUCCAAAAGGUUACAUCCGAUUCCAUUUGAUAUCUCCUCUCAUCCAGGAAUCUCCAGAAAACCUGGUCCUUUUUGAUUUAUUUGUGAACAUUCUGGCCCACAACCUGGCCGAACCUGCAUACGAGGCAGACGUGGCUCAGUUGGAAUACAGUCUCUUGGCAGAAGAGCAUGGACUCGUCAUCAAAGUGAAAGGGUUUAACCACAAACUUGAACUCCUGUUCCAACUCAUUAUUGAUCACCUGGCUCAGUUUACGACGACGCCAGAAGUGUUUGCAAUGAUCACAGAACAACUGAAAAAGAGUUACUUCAAUAUUUUAAUCAAGCCUGAAAAACUGGGGAAGGAGAUCCGUCUGUUGAUCCUGGAACAUGGACACUGGUCCUUGAUGGAAAAGUACCAAGCUCUAAUGAAUGCUUCUACCACGGUCGAGACACUAACAUCAUUUGUGAAGAAAUUUAAACAAGAGUUGUUUAUAGAAGGAUUAGUGCAAGGAAAUUUCACAAGCAAAGAGUCUGUUGAAUUUCUAAAUUACGUUGUGCAGAAGCUGCAUUACAAACCAUUGUUGAGGAGCAUACCUGUUCAAUUCAGAGUGGUGGAACUGCCCCAAAAAGCAUACAUAUGCAAGGUGAAAUCGCUGAACAAAGGUGAUGCCAAUUCCGAGGUCACGGUUUACUAUCAGUCUGGUCCUCAGAACGUAAAAGAAUAUGCACUUAUGGAACUGCUUGUGAUGCACAUGGACGAACCUUGCUUUGACUGUCUGAGGACAAAAGAAACACUCGGGUACAAUGUGUAUCCCACCUGCCGAAAUACCUCUGGAAUCGUUGGAUUCUCUGUUACAGUAGAAACACAGGCAACAAAAUAUAGUACGGAAUAUGUUGACAAGAAGAUUGAAGAAUUUCUUUUUAGCUUUUACAAAAGGCUGCAAAAUAUGAAUCAGGAUGCCUUCCAUUCUCAGGUUACAGCACUGAUCAAGCUGAAACAAUGUGAAGACAUUCAUCUAGGAGAAGAAGUGGACAGAAACUGGGCGGAGAUUUUUACACAACAGUAUCUCUUUGACCGUCUGAACCAUGAGAUUCAAGCUCUGAAAUCGUUUACCAAAAAUGACCUUGUGCAAUGGUUCAAGGCCCACAGAGGAAAAAAUAGCAGAAAGCUUAGCAUACAUGUAGUAGGAUUUGGACAACAUGAAUAUGAAGAUCACGACAAAGGUUUGAACGAAUCCCUGUAUGGAGAGGUCUCUCAGCUCACCUUCUUACCCAUUUCCAAACUGAUGGAAAAUUCACUUCCUAUUAACAAUUUCCAGAGUUUCACCGAAACCCUCAAUCUCUUCCCCUUCCACAAAAUAUUAAAAUGAAAUUUGAAUGGUGAUAGGAAGUUCAUGCUGUGUGUUAGAGACUGCAGUGAACAUGUAACAGCAGAUCCUGCUUUUUAGUGAUUUGGGAUUGACAAUUGGUCGUAUACCAAAUGUAAGUAUGUCAGUAUAACUAGCGAAUUUAAGAGUGAACUUUGAGGACUGUGUUCCCGGCUCACUCAGUAACGAUGGAAAGGCUUUGAAGUUCACUGGAGCACAAAUGCAAGUAAAUGUAUGGAUGCUGAUGAGGUUGUAAUGAGCGUUUUAUAUUUAAAACCAUCUCUGUUAAUGCAAUUUGAGAGUUGCAUGAAGAAUUGCCAGGAAGAGCAGCAGCAGUUACAAUUGACUCUUCGUGUUGCUGUACUGUCUUUGCAGCUAAAGUGAUGGCCCAUCAUGUCAUGAAAGUGAAGCUAUUGUGAAUAUUCCAUGUUAUCAGUGGGCCUGUUCUUAGUAGAUGUGUGUGGGUUGGAUGGAGGUUUAUUGAAUUUUUCUAGCCAUGUUCAUCUAUUGGCCUUAUACAUAAAACUGUACAUUUAGCAGAGCUCAGUUCUUCAAUUGAGAUUGAUCUUAAUGUGUUCUCCAAGGAGCCAGCAUACUCCGAUUAGAUUGAUGCAAAUACAGAACUAGAGUUUAAUCUUCAACCAGAGCUUUCAGCAUAUCCUUUUAUCCACCUAGAUUCUUGGUGUUGUUUUCACAUAUGAAUUACUGGUUCUGUAACCAGAAUAAAUAUAUCUGAUACAUUA